GUUAAUGCACCCAAAAUAGAAAUAGAGCAUAACCUCCAGUUUGAAACACAAAAGGCUGUCUUCACCAUCAUAUGACACUGACCAAUAAAAAGGCUUUGAUUUAUUUUUUUUUGCAUAUCUUCCUUUUUUUGCAACUGGUGGCUCUUCGGAGCAGAGACUCCUUCUCCUUUCCUCCGCUGUUUUCCCAGCACAGAGGCAUGUGAGCCUGAGAGAGACUCGCCUGGCGCCUUCUUUGUGAUCUUUUCAUCAACCGGUUGAAAAACCUGUCGAAAGGAACAGGCGCGACUAGCUUAUGAAUUAACUUAAGUGGGUUUACUCUGAGCAAAAUUUACGUGGAUGCAGCCCCCCCUCUGUUUUCCUUAGUCCUCCUUUGCAGCCAGCUGAGGACCUUUCCAAAGUCAGAUGGGGAACAUUGGCGACUUGCCCAAAGACAUCUUGAUGGAUGUGCUCUGCCUUGUCCCUGCCCGGGAAAUCAUCUGCAGCUGCCGGCUAGUUUGCCUCCUGUGGCGCAAUCUGGUGGACCUUCCCUCUCGGAAACGCAAGUGCCAGCAGGAAGGAUACCAUCCCCAAGCGGCGGACAAGAGCAUCCAGGACUGGAGGAUCUUCUACUUUCUCUGCAGACUGAAGAAGAACUUAAUCAAGAACACUUGUGCGGAAGAGGGUUUUGAGUCCUGGAAAAUCGAGUCAAAUCGAGGGAACCGUUGGAAAGUCGAGGAUCUUCCUGGAGAACAUGGGAGGGAAUUUCCUGAUCCACAUGUCCAGAAAUACUUUGUUACAUCUUAUGGGUCCUGCCUCAAAAACCAGCUGGUUACCUUAAAGGAUCAUGGCUACUGGGAUCAGCUGAUGGAUGAGGUCAAGCCGGAUAUUGUAGUCAAGGACCGGUAUGCUGCCCGACACGACUGCGGGUGCCGCUACCAUCUGUGCAUGAAGCUUCUCUCUGCAGACGACAUUAUUCUCCAGGAAUUUCUCCCAGAAGAUGUGGUCAUUGAGCAGUGCAGUGAUGCAGAAUGGCAUGAGGUUUCGUACACUUUUCACAACUACCCUCCUGGGGUCCGCCACAUCCUCUUUCACCACGGAGGCCGUGACACUCAGGGCUGGUAUGGCUGGUACGGCGUCCGAGUCACCAACAGCAGCAUCACCGUUGGUCCAGAGGUAGCAGGGUGAAAGGAAGACCGUGGCCCUGAUAGGCUUGGCUAACUUUAU